AUGGCGUCUUCCGAAGGAUCCGCGCCAGCCGCGGCGACGGCGUCUGCAGCUACACCUACGGAUGGCCCUGGUGCCCAGCAGCAGCAGCUGCCAGUCGCCGUGGUCUGCGUGGGCAUGGCGGGCUCGGGCAAGACGACGUUCAUGCAGCGCAUCAACGCGCACUUGCAUGGCCAGAAGGAGCCCCCAUACGUCAUCAACCUGGACCCCGCGGUGCUCAACGUGCCGUUCGAGAGCAACAUUGACAUCCGCGACUCGGUCAACUACAAGGAGGUCAUGAAGCAAUACAACCUCGGCCCGAACGGUGGGAUCAUCACGUCGCUCAACCUGUUUGCGACCAAAGUCGACCAGAUCCUGGGGUUCCUGGAGAAGCGAACGGCGCCGGACCCAGAGCAGCCGAACAAGAAGCCCAUCAAGAACAUUCUAGUGGACACACCUGGCCAAAUCGAAGUCUUUGUCUGGUCCGCGUCUGGUCAAAUCAUCCUCGAGUCCCUUGCAUCCUCGUUCCCUACCGUCAUCGCCUACGUGAUCGACACGCCGCGGACGGCGUCGACCAGCACAUUCAUGAGCAACAUGCUCUACGCCUGUUCUAUCCUGUACAAGACGAAGCUGCCCAUGAUCCUGGUCUUCAAUAAGACGGACGUCAAGGACGCCGACUUCGCCAAGGAGUGGAUGACCGACUACGACGCCUUCCAGCGGGCGCUCGCCGAGGACGAGGAGAACAAUGCGUUUGGCGGCGUCGAGGGUGAGGGCGGCGGCAGCGGCUACAUGAGCAGUCUGCUAAACUCGAUGAGCUUGGUGCUCGAGGAGUUCUACGCGCAUCUGAGCGUAGUGGGCGUUUCGUCUAUGACGGGCGAGGGCAUCGACGACUUCUUCGCAGCCGUCCAGGAAAAGGCGCAGGAGUUCAAGAAGGACUACCUCCCCGAGCUUGAGCGGAAACGGCACGAGCGUGACGAGCAGAAGCGCAAGACGCGCGAGAAGGAGCUUGACAAGAUGAUGAAGGGCAUGUCGAUGGACACGCCUGGUGGGUCUGGUAGUGCUGGUGGCAGCAAGGUUGUCAGGCCGCCAACCGACGACGACGACGAUGAUUUGGACGUCGCGAGCGACGACCAGGAUGAUGACUAUGCGGAUGUCGAUGACGAGUACGAUCGUGAGGGUUUGCAGGCACGGUACCAGGCUGCGACCGAGGCGCAGGGCAACUCGACGAUGGAUCAGGCGAGUUUUGCAAAAUACCUGCACUCGCAACGGGGUUGA